UAGAGUUGGAGGCUAGGUUGCAGAAAGAAAAGAUAGAAUAUGAAAAACAAAGUAGUUUAGAAGCAGAGAGAUUAAGAGUAGAAGCAGAAAAGAAUAGAUUAGAAGCAGAUAGGGAAAGAUUAGAGUUCGAAGUUAGGUUGCAGAAGGAAAAGAUAGAAUAUGAACGACGUAGUAGCUUAGAGGCUGAGAAGGAAAGGUUAGAGUUAGAACGUAAGUUAGAGCUAGAUAAGUUAGAAUACGGACGUAAGUUAGAACAGGAUAAGUUAGAAAUGGAAAAGGAGAAGUUAAUGUUAGCUAGGAAGUUAGAAACAGAGAAGGAGGAAGCAGAAAGUAGGAGAUUAGAAACAGAGCAUAAGUUUAAGACAGACUUAGAAAAGAUGAGUAAGAAAAAGGUAAAGGUUAAGAUGUCUCCUUUUGAUGAGAAAAUUGAUUCCAUGGAUGCGUACUUGAAUGUGUACGAAACGUACGCUGUUGCGCAGGAUUGGGAUAAAGAGAUAUGGUCACUUAACUUACCGUUCCUUCUAAAGGGUACGGCAAGAGAGGUUUUUGAUAGGCUUCCGUUGGAAGAUAGGAAGGAUUAUGAUAAACUGAAAGCCGCUUUGCUACGUCAGUUCGAACUCACUGACGAUGGCUAUAAGAAAAAGUUUAGAACUGAGAGGCCUCGUGAUAAUGAGACCUUUGUGAUGUUUCUAGCCAGAAUAAGUAGAUAUUUAGAUGGUUGGCUUAGAUUGAGUAAGGUAGAUAAAACGUACGAAGGAUUGUUAGAUUUUAUUCUUAGGGACCAAUUUUUAGAUGUAUGUAAUAGAGAACUAUACCAGAAUUUGAGUAGUAAGAGGUUAGUUAAAGCUAAGGAUGUAGCAGAAGAUGCAGAUUUGUUUGCAAAGACUCGAGGAGGUCCCAAGUAUGUCGUGAAUCGAACCAAUAAGGACCGGAGCUAUAAACCAUAUGAAAUACCUCAGAGACACUAUCCUAGUAGUCGUAAUGUAGGCACUAGUAAUAGAGGUAGUAGCAAUGUUGCUAAUAGAGGUAGAGGUUAUCAACCCUUUGGUGUACUGAAGUGUUAUAAGUGUGGUCGAAUAGGGCAUAGUUCAUAUUACUGUAGGAGUGGAAAGUACGGCGGUAACAGUGCUAAUGCAGCAGCAGAGUUAGAAGUAGAGCAGGAACAGGAAAGUAGUAAAGGGGAGAAUAGAAAUAGUAAGGAAAGUAGAAAUAGAGGUAGAGGCCGUGACCGAUCUAGGAGUAGAGGUAGAGGAAGAAAUAGAGACAGAGAUAGGAGUAAGUCAAGUAGGUCAGAGAGUGGAAAUAGCAUUAUAGAACUAAGUGAUGUUGAGGAGUUAGGUAUGCUUAGUGUAAGUACAUGUCCUACAAAACCCGGUACUUGUAAUGGUAGGGAUGUAAUCGCUAUGCGAGAUACAGGUUGUACAUGUGUGAUAGUGAAACGGGACUUAGUAGAAGCAAGUCAGUUUUUAGAGAAAACCCGUAGAUGUAAGUACAUAGAUGGGAGUGAACAUAGGCUAGAUGUAGCUAGAAUAGAUAUUGAUUGUCCGUAUUUCAAGGGUACAGUAGAGGCGUUGGUUGUAGAUAAUCCUACCAAUGAUGUUAUAAUUGGUAAUGUAGAGGGAGCUGUAGAACCUCAGUUUAGUAGCUUAGCGUCAGCAGUAGAAACUAGGGCGCAAGCCAAAGUUAAGAAGCAAGUAAAGCUUAAAGUUCCGUCUCAGAUUUUAGAUGUAUCUAGAGAGGAAUUCUUAGAUAAGCAACAGAAAGAUAGCACGUUAGAUUUGUGUAGAAAGAAGGCUGAGGAAGGUACGAUUAAGCAGUGUAGAGGUAAAGGUUCAGUUAGGUUUGAGAUAAGGAAUAGAUUGUUAUAUAGAGAGUAUACCGCCCAGAAUUUAGACAAAAGUAGACAGUUGAUUGUUCCUAAAUGUCUUAGAGAAACUGUGAUGAAAGUUGCACAUGAUUCGUUACUGUCAGGCCAUUUGGGUAUAAGGAAAACUAGUGAUAGGGUAUUAGGCGAAUUAUACUGGCCAGGAGUAAUGGCAGAGGUUAGGAGGUACUGUCAGUCAUGUAGUAUUUGUCAACGUACUAUAGCUAAGGGUAGAGUAAGUAAAGUUCCGUUAGGAAAAAUGCCGUUGAUAGAUACUCCGUUUAAGAGAGUUGCUGUCGAUAUCGUUGGUCCGAUCGAACCUAUGACUGAUAGGAAAAACAGGUACAUUUUGACUAUGGUAGAUUAUGCUACUAGAUAUCCGGAAGCCAUAGCACUACCUAGUAUUGAAACUGAGAGAGUAGCAGAGGCAUUAGUAGAUAUGUAUAGUAGAUUAGGAGUGCCAGAGGAAAUGCUUACCGAUUGUGGAUCGCAGUUUACGUCAGAACUUAUGGCAGAAGUAAGUAGGUUAUUGUCAUUAAGGCAGUUAACUACAACACCGUAUCACCCUAUGUGUAACGGUUUAGUAGAGAAGUUUAACGGUAGUUUGAAGCAAAUGUUGAAGCGUAUGUGUAGUGAGAGACCUAGAGAUUGGGAUAGGUAUUUGAAUGCUAUGUUGUUUGCUUACCGUGAAGUUCCGCAAGAAAGUUUGGGAUUUUCUCCCUUUGAGUUACUUUACGGCAGAACAAUCCGUGGACCGAUAACUGUGCUAAGAGAGUUAUGGGCUGGUAAGACGGAGAAUGAUGAGGUUAAAACCACUUACCAGUAUGUUAUGGAUUUGCAAGAAAAGUUGGAGGAUACGUGUAAGAUAGCUCAGCAACAGUUAGCAAAAAGUAGUGCUAGAUACAAGAAGUAUUACAAUAGGAAGGCUAGAGAUAGGAGGUUUAAGGCAGGUAGUAAGGUACUUGUAUUGUUACCUACGAAACAUAAUAAGUUGUUGUUACAUUGGAAGGGUCCUUACGUAGUAGUAGAGGUAGUAAAUAGACUAGAUUACAGGAUAGAUGUAGACGGAAAGUUGAAAACGUUUCAUGCAAACAUGCUGAAACAGUACUGUGAAAGGAAGGAUGAUAGUAAGUCUAUACCAGAUAAGGGUAUUUUAAGUAAGGUUGGAGCAGCUAUUGUAGAGGAGGAUCAGAGAGAUUAUGACCGAUUAGAUCCGAAUGAAAGUAGUGACGAGUUUUCGAGUAGAGUAGAAAAGGAUAUAGUUUUGUGUCCUAUAAAGCAGGGUACAGAAACGUACAAAGAUGAUGAGAUAAAUCCAGAGUUAACAGUAGAAUGUAAACAGGAAGUAGUAGAUUUGUUAGACAAUUUCUCAAAGGUAUUGACAGAUAUUUAUUUUGUAUGCAUACUUCUAUUGAUACUUUUUAAGUUUAUCUCAAAUGUCGGCGCCAUUGCAGUUCCGCUCACAGAUUUGACGAAAAAGGGUCAGCCAAAUCUUGUAGAGUGGGGUGAAAGUCAAGAAAAGGCUUUCCAGACUUUGAAGGCUAGCUUAAUGGGUCCGCCUAUUUUGAAGUUGCCAGAUUUAGAUCAGACUUUUAUAUUGAGAGUAGAUGCUUCAGAUUUAGGUUUAGGCUCAGUAUUGCUUCAGGAAAGUGAUGGAGAGAAAUUACCUGUAGCGUAUGCUAGUAGAAAAUUGCUACCUAGGGAGCAAAAGUACUCAGUGAUAGAGAAGGAGUGUUUAGCGAUAGUAUGGGCAGUAGCUAAGUUUCACCGGUAUUUGUUCGGUAAAGACUUUGUAUUAGAGACAGAUCAUCAGCCGCUCACUUAUUUGAAUAAAGCGAAACUUAGCAAUUCCAGGCUGAUGAGAUGGGCAUUGGCAUUGCAGCCAUAUAGGAUCAGUAUUAGAGCAAUUCCUGGUAGAGAAAAUGUAGGCGCAGAUUAUUUGAGUAGAGUGUAGACAGGUGGCUAUAUUAUAUGAUGUACAGAUAGUGACAGUGUGUGUUUUCUUUUGUGUUUGCUAUUUUCAGUAUGUCAUUUUGCUUUCAAUUAAGAAAAUUAUGAAUUUUCUUUUUAAGGGGGGACGUGUGUCACAAAUUGACAUACGGGCCUUAUUUUAUCUGUAUUGUAAAUGCAGGUAUUGCAUCAUCUUUUUGUAAAUUUUUGAGUUAUUGAGGUAAAUGUCAGAUUUCACGCAUGAAAUACCUCUCAUGUUUUUCUGUAUUUCAUAACUUAAAUUUCCAUGUAAAUUUCAUUAAAUUCUGUUCAGUAAUAAGAAAGUUGAUAUUUUAUAAACUUCAGUAAUUUAUGUUUUUAUCCCCAAAACCACUAUAAUGGGCCUCAAAUUGUCAAUUUAAAUUCGCGCCAAAGUAGUUAGAUUCCCCGGCUAUAUCGUGAAUCCCGUGAAAAUGACAAUAGUCGGAGUCCACGGCUUAGCCGUGAAUCCCAUGAAAUUUAGUAUUUGGCGGGACAUUAUCCUUUAAAUAGACUGGACUAGAUAUGCCUUGCGCACACCACCUUACGACUUUAUAGACGAAUCUAUGUCUGAAUUAUUUUCUUGCUAGAAAUUUAUGCUCGAUCGAGCUUCUUCCGCCAGACGAUUUUACCUGGUGAUGUCAUAACCCGGAAGUACAAUGCCCGAGGUUCACUUGUCUUCACUCGCCUGGAUGUGAUAUUCCCAGCGCAGAGCUUUCGUCCCAUGGUUGUGCCGUAAACCGCAAAGACGAUGAUUUUUGUUAUCCUCUGAAGUCAGCUCAGGGAUGCAAUCACCUACCACCAUAGGGAGCCAAUACGGAAUCAACGUAUUCACGGUUUAAAGGGACUGGAUUUUGAGAUAUGUUUUGUUUGUGCUACUUAAAGUUCACAAUUACAUUAAAGACCUGUGUCACGUCAGAUUAGAAUGGACUAUAAGAACUUUUGUAUCUAGAGAUACUGAACUUUCUUUUUUUUUUCUUUCUUAUAAUCAGUUUUUUUUUCUUUUCAUAUCUAUUCAUUGUUAAUAAUCAUCUUAUGUAAAUAAAUUUGUAAAUAUUGUAAAGGGUGUUGAUUUGUUUUGAUGGUUACUGUCGCCGGUACGGCCUUUCCUGUCACAGAUACAGUACUAUCUGG